ACCUCAUGGCGACGCGCUUAGAGGAGGCAGCUUUGGCUAGAGGCGGCGGCACUGAGGAGGUGGUUGAGGCCGGACGGAGCGGACGGCGACGGAGUCCCCGUCAGAAGUUUGUGAUGGGCACAAUGGAAGAAGCUGGAAUGUGUGGGCUAGGGGUGAAGGCAGAUCUGCUGCAUAGCUCGCAGUCCAAUGAUAUUCUUCAGCGUCAAGACUCAAAUUGUGGGACAAGUCACACACAUUCUCUGGAAGAGAAUGAAGGGCGUAACUUUAUAGCAAAGAAGAAUUUGGUGGGUCCUGCAUUCUGCAAACAAGAGCCAAGAGAGGGAAUUCCUGGACGAGAAGCUCGAACAGAUCCCCCUGAUGGUCAGCAAACUUCGGAGUGCUGCAGGAGCAAAGAAAAAACACUAGGAAAAGAAGUUUUAUUAUUGAUGCAAGCCCUACACACUCUUUCAACUCCAGAGGAGAAACUGGCAGCUCUCUGUAAGAAAUAUGCUGAUCUUCUGGAGGAGAGCAGGAAUGUUCAGAAGCAAAUGAAGAUUCUUCAGAAGAAGCAAGCCCAGAUCCUGAAGGAGAAAGUCCAUUUGCAGAGCGAACACAGCAAAGCUAUCUUGGCAAGGAGCAAGCUGGAGUCUCUCUGCAGAGAACUUCAGCGUCACAAUAAGACACUAAAGGAGGAAAACCUGCAGCAGGCGCGAGAGGAGGAAGAGCGACGCAAGGAGGCCACAGCACACUUCCAGAUGACGCUCAAUGAGAUCCAGGCGCAGCUGGAACAGCACGAUGCACACAACGCCAAGCUGCGCCAGGAGAAUGUGGAGCUGGGCGAGAAGCUGAAAAAGCUCAUCGAGCAGUACGCUCUUCGGGAGGAGCACAUUGACAAAGUGUUCAAGCACAAGGAACUCCAGCAGCAGCUGGUGGAUGCCAAACUCCAACAGACGACACAGCUUAUCAAGGAUGCUGAUGAGAAGCACCAGCGGGAGAGAGAGUUCUUACUAAAAGAAGCAACAGAAUCAAGACACAAAUAUGAACAGAUGAAACAGCAAGAAGUACAACUAAAACAGCAGCUUUCUCUUUAUAUGGAUAAAUUUGAAGAAUUCCAGACUACCAUGGCAAAAAGCAACGAACUGUUUACAACCUUCCGCCAGGAAAUGGAAAAGAUGACAAAGAAAAUUAAAAAACUGGAACGCGAGACCAUCGUGUGGCGCACAAAAUGGGAAAACAAUAACAAAGCACUUCUGCAAAUGGCCGAGGAGAAAACGGUACGUGACCAAGAAUGCAAAGCCCUGCAGGUCAAGGUGGAUCGGCUAGAGAAGCUGUGCCGGGCCCUGCAGACAGAACGGAACGAGCUCAGCGAGAAGGUUGAGGGCCUGAAGGGGGGCAGCCCUGCAGAGUUGCGCUGCUGCGCUCCAGGCGCCCCUGCCGAGCUGGAGCCCGCCCCUGCCAUCGAAUCGGUUGACUAGGACCCCGUGUGGGCCUAGUAUGUAUGGAGAGCUCUAUUUUGUGUAAAACUUUCUGUUAGUAGUAACUAUUGGUUUUGUGGUGAAAAUUUUUACUUUUUCUACCAUAUCUGUAUUUUCUUAGAACUACUGGACUUCCGUGGUACAGGAGGCUGCUUAGCAGUUUCAGAUAGUUUUAUUCUCCAUUUUCUCAGCUCUGUUGCACACCUGCCUCAUUUCUCUUCCACUGGAAUGCAUGUAGCCACUGCCUUCUUCCCACCCUGCCCUCACAUAGGGUUAGCCCAACCCAGAAUUUCCCUCGACAAGACCAGCCAUUACCAGGAAGGAAAUGCCUGUUUUAACAUCCUGGCCCUUUUUAUUCAGAAACAAAACCAACAUUAGUUUUAUCUAAUAACAUGUUAAGUAAAAGUAAAGCUAGUGUUGGGUCAGAAACAAGCAUAGCAUUUGAAAUUCAAAUUUAGUUCUGGAUAUUUAUACUGACAAAUUAUACAAUAAUCCCAAAUCCCUCAAUUUUUUUUAACAACGAAGUAGACAGGUUAAAAAGACCUACGUUACUCAGCUGGCUUUGGUUUCAGUUUAGUUAGAGCUGGUGUGUAUGGACCACUGUGGAGUAGCGGGGUCCAGUUCACCUUUCUCAGUCCCCCCAGUACUGCUCUCCAGUUUUUUGAAAGGGACUUCAGUUAUGGGGCCACAGGUUAUACUGAACUCAUUUCUAAAAUAGCACAACUGGAAUUUGGGAAAAACGUGGCAAAAGUUCAUCCAGGUCUAUUGCUUAUGCCUUCUGUCUGUUGCUCACUCUUUCAGUUACCAUCCCAAUGUUCAAAGAAACAAACCAGUAUUAUCUAGGUCUCCACGUUUGGGAGGAAAGGAGCUUUGGAAAUUAAGUGCAUCCUCUUUAGGUUAUUGCAAAAAACUAAUCAGACUGCACGGGUGGAAGUUAAGCCUUUGUCCCUAGCACAAUUUGCAUUGAAAUGAAAUUCAAAUGAUUUAUGGAAAUCACGUGUUGUUAGCACAUUCCACUGAGCAAAGCUAUUGAACUGACACCUCUGAAAUGCUAUUCUGUCCAGUUUCAAGUUUGUCAAGUAAGGCUGCCACAUUCAGGCUCUAAACUGGCAUUAAGAACAGACAGUUGGGGGCCGGAGAGACAGCAUGGAGGUAGUGUGUUUGCAUGCAGGACGGUGGUUCUAAUCCUGGCAUUCCAUAUGGUCCCCCGAGCCUG